UCUAUAACAGAAGAGUACCGUGUUGUGUUUACGUUACGAUAUUUUUAGGCCUAGCCUAUACAAACCAGUUUUUAUCCUAAUAUUUAAUACUGUUUAGUCUAGUCAUAUAUUAUUCUUAGUGCUCAACUAGCCACAACAUUUGUGUAAACUAAAGUUUAAAGGAGUCGCAUAAAAUUUAAGAUUCAACUAGUGUGGACUAACUAAAUGGGAGUUAUGUCAAAAACCAAUCGUCUACCUGAGCGUCCAAAACCUCCUUCAUGGGAAGCAAUUUCAUCGGACUUAGACCAGCUACCACAACAGAUACAAGGUGACGUGGUUUUUCAAAUAGGCAAAGAUACGUUGGCCUCUACUACAAAUAAUGCCAAAAGUUAUACUGAAAAGCAGCAAAAUUCAGAUGAGACUGAAACAGACUUGCAACAGAUAAACCUGGAUGAAGUUGAAUCCUCGUACAGCAAUGUCUUGAAGCUGAUUAAUUUGUACACCGACCUGAAGGAGGUUCCUGGGAGGCUGGAGAACCAGUACCUGCAUUUAAAAGAGAUGGGUCAGGAGAUGCUUGAAUCUAUGUCUCAGCUGAAAUCUAUGGCGGAGAGUUUCUCUGACAGCCAUCCAGCUACAGGAACAGUAACACCAACCACUAGUAAAGAUUUAGGUGAAGUUACAAAAACUAAAACAAAGCAAAAGAAGAAGAAAUAAAUGAAUUAUUUUAUUUA